AUGGGUCAAGGUACUGGAAAUUACAACUAUACACCUUUGAGAAAAGGUAUACGACGCAUAUACAAAAACGAUGGAUCGUUCCCUCCGAAAGAUGCACCUGCCGAUGCUCUUUUCCUCACCGGUUCAAUUGCGAACUAUCACAUGGUGACGACCGGCGAUAUUCGAAUCCUCAAACUUCUUCCCGGCUCAUUCGGUGAUCCUCUACGUUGCCGAUCGCGUAUUAAGAGAAUCGAAAGCAAUCCAAAGUACGACGCACUUUCGUAUAUGUGGGGAGACUCAUCACUUACGGGAAGCAUGUUUCUCGACAAUAAACCAUUUCCCGUGACUAGAUCGCUCGAGAACGCUCUGAGACAUGUGCGCCUGCGGGGCAGUGCACGCUAUCUUUGGGCAGACGCCGUAUGCAUCAACCAACGGGAUGAUGAGGAGAAAGGGAACCAGAUUCAUCUGAUGAAAGAGGUCUACUCUCGAGCCAGUACUGUGAGAGUUUGGAUUGAUGUAGAACUCUCUCUUGAGGAUCCCGUUGUUCAAAAGCUCUUCACUCUUCGACUACAAGACAACGACGAUCAGCUGGGCGAUGAUCCCGAGUACUGGAAAGUCCUUCUCCCGCUUCUUCAGAAUGAUUAUUGGGAUAGGCUCUGGAUACAACAGGAGCUUGUCUUCGCACCAGAAUUGGUAUUUUACUGCCGUGGGGUGACCAUCCCCGGAAACUGUUUAAUGGCACUUCAACUUCAGGUUUUCCGCAAGUUGACUGGUGGUAAGGGCCCAUUUGAUAAUGAUGAUCCAUGGGGCCUGUUUAGACCGCUAGAGUCGACGAUCAAGGCCCCUUCGCGGAAUUUAGCUUGUUGGCGGGCGAUGACGAAGAGCAAGGUGCCGGUCGAUCCACUUACUCUCAAGCCGGAUUUUACUCUUCUGAUACCAAAGGUUAAAUGGAAGCUUGAUCCUAGGAAAAUGAGUUCACACCUGAGCACCAACCCAAUCUAUCUGUUGGGUAUGCUACGGCAGUCACAGGCCCUAAAGUUAACGGAUCCAAGAGACCGGGUGAGAGCCGUUCUAAACCUAGUCAUCGACUACGAUGACGAUGGUGCCGAGGCGGAUUACAGCCAAACUGUUGCCGAACUGUAUCAUCGAGUCGCUUGGCUACUGCCAUUCGAAUGCAAUAGCCUCCUAUUCUUAGCCAUGGCCAAAACUUCCAUUAACUCGAACGAUGAUAUCCAGGACUUGCCUUCGUGGGCCCCGAAUUGGAGCUCUCCAGGAAACGCGGAAUACUUCUUGAGCGCCUUCCAUGCUGCGGGAGACUUACCCAUGUACAGUACGCCUUUCCAAGCCGACAUGGAAGAUGGUAUUCUACACGCUAGGGGCUUCAAGUAUGCUACGGUCGAUCGAACGCUCUCAACUACCGAUAACUCCUCAACCCCCUUCUCAGUAUUGUCAAGCCUAUUCAUUACAGUUGUAAAGUCCCCAAUGUGUCACUAUGGCGAUAUCAAAAAGCUUGCAUCCACUCUUACUGGUCCAGCUAUGGCUGAGCUUCGCAUAGCCCGCGACUAUUUUAGCGAAAGCGAAGCUAUUCUCUACACAGGCAUCUUGCUUGAUUACUCUUUCGUCACUCCUGGAAUUCGCAUUGCCGACCUGUUUCCAUAUGCGACGAAAGUAUACAAGCAUUCGCAGAGGGAGUUGAGAUUUGUACUUCUGGCUCUGCGAAAGUUCCGUCAUCUUCGUCCCUCAUGUCUUCGCUGGCUCGACCUUGAAAAGGAAUCCGCUGCAGUUGGGAGGAUGGUGGACCAAACCGAGCGCUUCGGACAUUUCAUUCAGUUGGUGCAUAAGACUUUAUUCUCAGGACGUUUAGCAUCGAUAUCUCCUAUCGUUACUCCUAAAAGCGCGCCUUCCAUCACUCUUGCUAUUACGGAAGGAAAGGCCUUGAUAAGACCUGGUGACGAGAUAUGGAUAUUGUUCGGCUGUCCAACACCUAUGGUACUUCGACGAGCUAUGCCAUACUUUCUUGUCGCCUCCCCCACCUACAUCUUCGACAUCAUGAAUGGAGAAGCGAUGGAUGGGGUGGAAACUCCCGACGACAAAUCUGGGGGCUGGCUUACCAUGUGGAAAAGAGGAAUGAUGAUUCCCUCUCCUAAAACGUCAUACGUUUCAGGAAAAUGCAAGUGGAAUGUGGAAGUGAUUCGCCUAGGAUGA